AGUGCAGGGUUCACAUGUUAGUCGCUGCACGUGUUCGCUGUGCAGUAAAACAACACAUCUGGUAAAUAAAGUUAAACAGCUGUACUUGUAUUUAACUCCGUGUUGUAAAUAUGACUAAAGUUAAGAAAGAGAAAAGCUUCACUGAGGAGGAAACUGCAGCAACUGAGAAGUCUUAUCAGGAGUUAUUAGCUAAUAUUAAUCCCAUUGCGUCUCCGCUCGCUUCCAAAAAACUCAGCAAGAAACUCUACAAAUGCAUCAAGAAAGCGGCAAAACAUAAACAGAUUCGCCGGGGAGUCAAAGAAGUACAGAAGUUCAUAAACAAAGGAGAAAAAGGGAUUGUGGUGCUUGCUGGAGAUACUCUUCCAAUUGAAGUGUACUGCCACCUACCCGUCAUGUGUGAGGAUAAAAGCCUGCCCUAUGCUUACAUUCCCUCAAAAGUGGACUUGGGUUCUUCGGCGGGUUCAAAGCGGCCAACGUGUGUCAUCAUGAUUAAACCACAUGAAGAAUACCAAGAGACAUAUGAUGAGUGUAUGGAGGAAGUAUCUGCACUUCCCAAACCCUUAUAAAACAAGAUGUUUCUAUAGAACUUUGCAACAGCACAGUAAUUCUGUUAAGUCUAUUAUCUAACGCAACGUACAUCAGGGACGUGGGAAUUUUCACCACUUCUCAUGAGCUUCUUGGACUUUUUUUUAUUUGAGAAGUAAUGUCAGGUAAUGUGUUUUGCAGAGCUAAAUAAUAGCUAAUUAUGCUAUCAGUGUCUCAGAAUAAGAGAUUUUCUCUCAUACUUUUGUUUAGUUUUUUUAUAUUACCUCUUUAAUUUGGAAGAUUAUCUGAAUGACGUUGAAUACUAUUAGUGCUCAUGUUCUUGAUUUAUUUUGAAAACAUACUGUAAGGUAUCAAAUAAAAUCCAAAUACGUUACUUAUGUGCUUACUUUUUCUGAAGGAUUUCAGAAUUUUUUGUUCAAUCCGUCUUCAUUAUCAUUAACCACUGAGGAUCAAGAACCUGUUUUGGGGAGCCCAGGUGCAGUGUGAGAAUGAACCCUGAACAGUGGAAUUCCCCCCCUAAUCUAUUAAUCCUAAAUCAGCUUCCUUAGACAUUUCAUACAGUUGAGAUGUGAGUAUAGCAAACAGAUAAAAAUAAAUCAUGUAUCUUCUGUAACAACUUAAUUCUGAUCAUGCUUGCUGUGGGUCCAACGUCUUCCUAGAAACUCCUGGAAUAAGGUGCAAAUACACCCUUGAAAUGGCACAUGUUUAUUGCAAAGCAUCAGUUCUAGUAUAGUAUGAACUAUGUAUUAGCAUGUUAAAGCUGAAAUGUUAGAUUUGCUAUUAAGUUGAUUUAUUUAAAAAUUAAUUUGAUUUGCACAGUACACCUGCUGCCAAAAAAGGUUAUUAUUGCUAAAAACUGUGGUAUGGAAAGUAUAACCCUAGCAUUAUAACAGCAUUUCUGUAUUAGAAGAGUGCAACUUCACAAUGAUCUGCUGCUUAGUGAUUGACAAGCAUAAAUAAAUGUUGAAAAAAUA